AUGAAAGAAGAUGAUGAGUUCAUUGUAUUGUAUGAUUUUCUUCAUCAUAAUCAACAAAAUCUUGGACUUCCUGGAAAACCUUCUCCUAAUGUCAUUGCUGUUAUGUUUAGGAUAUUGGCAAAUCGACAGUCUGCUGCUCGCUCAAAAGAGAGGAAGGCACGAUAUAUACAAGAGUUGGAGCGCAAGGUGCAAACCCUUCAAACGGAAGCAACUACUCUAUCAGCCCAAUUGACUCUCUUCCAGCGAGACACAACGGGUCUCAGUACAGAGAAUACAGAGCUUAAGCUUCGUUUGCAGGCUAUGGAGCAACAAGCCCAAAUGCGUGAUGCUUUGAACGAAGCAUUGAAGAAGGAAGUUGAGAGGCUUAAAAUUGCUACCGGAGAAAUGAUGAGCCCUUCCGAGUCUUUUAACUUGGGAAUGCAUCACAUGGCAUACGCCCCAUCGUCUUUCAUUCAACUUUCACAGCAACCAGGGUCUGCUGGCCCUCAAAAUAUUCAAAUGCCACCAUAUAACCAUUCCCCAUCCAACAUGUCUAGCCACCCUCUGCAUCCAUCAGACUCUCAUUCUCUCUCGGAGGUGCUACAAAGCGACCCUCUCGGUCGAUUACAGGGUCUCGAUAUCAGUAGUAAAGGAUCGUCGCUUGUGAAAUCCGAGGACCCUUCUCUCUCUGCUAGUGAGAGCAGUACAACCUUUUGA